CGGGCGGAGCGCCGAGAUGAGCCUGGCGGAGGGCCGCGCCCCGCGGCGCACGGCCGGCAAUCGCCUCUCGGGGCUGCUGCAGGCCGAGGAGGAGGACGAGUUCUACCAGACCACCUACGGCGGCUUCAACGAGGAGUCCGGCGAUGACGAGUACCGCGGGGAUCACUCCGACAGCGAUGACGAGGUCGACUCUGACUUCGACAUCGACGAGGGCGACGAGCCGGGCUCGGAGCAGGACGAGGCCGAGCCCCGACGGCGGCGCCGCGUGCUCACCAAGGCCUACCGGGAGCCGCUCAAGAGCCUGCGGGCCAAGAAGGCCGAGGGGCCGCGGGGAGGCGCCCAGCGGGGCCGGGAGGUGAAAGCCGCGCCCCUGGAGCUGCAGGAGGACGGGGGAGACAGCAGGAAGCACAUGCGGCAGUCCACCACGGAGCACACCCGGCAGACGUUCCUGCGGCUCCAGGAGCGCCAGGUGCAGUCCAAGAGGAAGAAGGGAGGGACGAGCUACGAGCGGCCCCUGACGCAGGAGGAGCUGCUGGAGGAGGCCAAGAUCACCGAGGAGAUCAACCUGCGCUCCCUGGAGAACUACGAGCGGCUGGAGGCGGACAAGAAGAAGCAGGUGCAGAAGAAGAGGAAGAUCGUGGGCCCCGUGAUCCGCUACUGGUCGCUGACCAUGCCCCUGCUGCCCGAGCCCGGCCGCGAUGACCCCGUGGACGUCGAGGGGCUGGACCCCGAGGCGCAGCCGCCGUCGCCGGCCAAGUGCUCGCGCACGUUCAUCUCCUUCAGCGACGACGCCACCUUCGAGCGCUGCUUCCCCCGGGCGCGGGCGCCGCGGCUGCCGGUGCGGGAGCUGUGCCCGGUGACGCACAAGCCCGCGCUCUACCGCGACCCCAUCACCGACAUCCCCUACGCCAACGCCCGCGCCUUCCGCAUCAUCCGCGAGGCCUACCGCAAGUACGUGACGGCGCACGGGCUGCCCAGCGCCGCCGCCGCCGCCGUGGGCACGGCCGGAGGGGCCGCGGAUGGCACCGGGGCACGGCCCGGGCGGCAGAAAAUCGUCAUCAAACAGAGCGUGCCCAGUGCUUGACAGCACAGAUUGGGA